AUGGAAUUCAAAAAACCACACUCUGUCAGAUCCCACAAGAAUUCUCAUUCCAGAAGUCCCCGAAGGCAUUCCUCAUCUUCAACUUCGUUUUCCAACUCCCGUAAUGCAAGACUAGGCUCAACUCCUUUAUAUUUUAAAGGCACCCCAGGAGUAAAACUAGGAGAUCGAACUCCUACAAGAGAAACUCCAAGACGAGACGAGCCUCACUCCGACUAUGGUCCUGAAUACCGUGCUUUAGAAUGGGAAAGUCGUCAAGUCGUAGACUAUGAAUGAUACGACUGUGACGAAGGCGGAUUUUUGAUGAAAGGCGAAGACGAAUUCGCAUAUCGUGAAGACUUUUAUCAAGCUCCUACUAAAAAAGGGAUGAAUUUAGGAUCGCUAAAAAAGCUUGAAAGAAGCCAAGAUAACGACAAAUGGGAACUUAACAGAAUGGUUAGCUCUGGAACUAUUCGAUUGAACCACGCAGAAGAAGAUAAUGAAGAUGAAGAAGAAAAUCGCGUGAUCCUUAUGGUCCACAACACCAAACCGCCUUUUCUUGACGGCAGAAUUGUGUUUACAACUCAAAUGGAGCCAAUCCAAGUCGUAAAAAAUCCUCAAUCUGAUAUCGCAAUUUUGGCAAGGAAAGGAUCCACUGUUGUAAAAGUUGUCAGAGAAAGAAAUGAAAGGAACAAAAUGAGAGACAAAUUUUGGGACAUUUCUGGGACAAGCCUUGGAAAUUUGUUGGGAGUCCAAAAAGAAGAAGAAAUUGACACAACUCGGUAUGAUGAUGAAGGGAAUUUCGACUACAAAGCAGACUCACAGUAUGCAAAAUCAAUGAAAAACUUUGAAGCGAUCAGCGAUUUUGCAAGAAGCAAAACUGUUAAGCAGCAGAGAGAAUAUUUACCCAUUUUUUCUGUAAGAGAUGAGCUGCUUAAUGUGAUUAGAGAAAAUAGAAUUGUUAUUAUCGUUGGGGAAACUGGAUCAGGGAAAACCACGCAGCUUACACAGUAUUUGUAUGAAGAAGGAUACACAAAAUAUGGAGUCAUUGGCUGCACACAGCCAAGAAGAGUAGCAGCUGUAUCAGUAGCUAAAAGAGUAAGUGAAGAAAUGUCAUGCAAGCUUGGUGAAAUUGUAGGAUAUGCUAUUAGAUUUGAAGACUGCACAAGUGAAAAUACAGUGCUUAAGUAUAUGACUGAUGGAGUGCUGCUGAGAGAGUCUCUCAAUGAAGCUGAUCUUGAUCAGUAUUCGGCAAUCAUUAUGGAUGAAGCCCAUGAAAGGUCACUUCAUACUGAUGUUCUCUUUGGAAUAUUAAAAAAAAUCGUAGCAAGAAGACGUGAUUUAAGACUUAUCAUUACUUCCGCGACUAUGAAUGCUCAGAAGUUUUCUGAAUUCUUUGGAGGAGCGCCAAUCUACUCAAUCCCUGGUAGGACUUUCCCAGUUGAUACUAUUUUUUCGAAAACCCCUGUUGACGACUAUGUAGAUAUGGCAGUCAAGCAAGCUAUCGCAAUCCACUUGCAGCAGCCUCCAGGCGAUAUUUUAAUUUUUAUGACUGGGCAAGAAGAUAUCAUGGCAACUUGUGUUCUUCUCAAUGAAAGAAUUGCUGAACUAGGCACUGCAGCUCCAAAAAUCAAAGUUCUUCCGAUUUAUUCACAACUUCCAUCUGAAAACCAAGCAAAAAUUUUUGAAAAAUCAGACAUAAGGAAAUGUGUGGUAGCAACAAAUAUAGCAGAGACCUCACUUACAGUAGAUGGGGUGAAGUAUGUCAUUGAUACAGGAUUUUGCAAGCUCAAAGUAUUUAAUCCAAAAAUUGGUAUGGAUGCCCUACAGAUUACACCAAUUUCUCAAGCUAAUGCUAAUCAGAGGCAAGGCAGAGCUGGAAGAACUGGACCAGGAAUUUGUUAUAGGCUUUAUACUGAUACUAUUUAUAGAGAAGACUUGCUAGAAAAUAACAUCCCAGAAAUCCAAAGAACAAAUUUAGCAAAUGUCGUGCUUCUGUUGAAGAGUCUGAAUAUUGAUAACUUGUUGCAGUUUGAUUUUAUGGAUCCUCCUCCACAAGACAAUAUUUUGAACUCUAUGUAUCAACUGUGAAUAUUAGGAGCUUUAAAUGAUACAGGAGGCCUCACUGAUCUGGGCAAGAAAAUGGUUGAAUUUCCUUUGGAUCCACCCCUUUCGAAAAUGCUUUUGGAAUCAGAAAAGUAUCGCUGCACGUCAGAAUUGCUAACAAUUGUGUCUAUGCUUUCUGUCCCAAGUGUAUUUUAUAGGCCAUAAUUAAAAUAUGGCGUCUUCGUCUGGGUAUGGCCUCCGGCCAUACAUACUCGACCAUAUUUUAAUUAUAUCCGGCAAGGUUUUGCCAUUCAGGAAAUGGGCAACAAUGCAGGGUAAGCAAUUCUGCAGAGCAGAGCCUGGCCCGUGCUCAACGACCAGAAUGGAUUUUUUCCCCGAGAGGAAAGGGAGUCUAGGUUUGGAAAGGGUAAGCCCAGCAGAGUCUACAGGCGAUGCCUAGACCAUUCGGGCAACUACCUAGCGUGAAACUGGGCGUUACGUCCCAGGACUUGGAAUUUCCCUUUUUGCCGAAAGGUGAUCAGAAAUCCAUUUUUUGGAAUUUCGGAAAGCCAUUUUUCGUUAACUCAAGCAGCAGCCGCAGGAGUCCAUAGCCCGCCCACUCAACACUAAAGCAGCGGGUCCAGGCCCUAGGGAAGGAGGAGGUAUAUGUCUUCAUGGCUGGCCUUUAUGGCCAGCUUAGACUAUAUCGCAAAGCAGGUGAACCCUAAUAUUGGGUCCUUGGUGUCUGCGUUAACAGCAAGGCAGUCGCCUAUAAAUAUUAAGUAAGUAAGUAUUUUAUAGGCCGAAAGACAGAGAAACAGAUGCUGAUUCAGCUAGAGAAAAGUUUUUUGUCCCUGAAAGUGACCAUUUAACACUUCUAAAUGUUUAUAAUCAAUGAAAAAAUAAUGGCUAUCGAUCUGAUUGGGCAAAUGAGCAUUUUAUUCAUGUGAAAGCACUAAGAAAGGUAAGAGAAGUUCGGGCUCAGCUAUUAGAUAUAAUGAACUCAUUAAGGAUUGAAGAAAUGUCGUGUGGGAAUAACUGAGAUAUGGUAAGAAAAGUAAUUGCUUCAGGAUACUUCCAUAACUCAGCCAAAAUCAAAGGAAUUGGAGAAUACGUCAACAUGAGGACAGGGAUUCCUUGCAUUUUGCACCCAUCAAGCGCUUUAUUUAGUCUUGGAUACACUCCAGAUUACAUAGUUUACCAUGAGCUGACAAUGACAAGCAGAGAAUACAUGCAAUACGUCACUGCAGUCGAUCCAUACUGGCUUGCUGAGCUUGGGCCAAUGUUUUUCAGCACCAAAGAUACUUUCAGAGAAAUCGACAGAAAGAGAAGAAAUGAAAAGAAAAUGCAGGCUGAAGAAGAUAUGAAAAGGAUCCAAUCCACUCUCCUCAAUCAAACUCAAAGUGUUGAACCACAAAGGAGAAUCCAUUCAGAAAUUAUCAUGCCAGGUCGCGAAAAGACUCCAAAGCGCACACCAAGAAUCCACCCUGGGAUUUAA